AUCAUGCAAGACGAAGAAAACAGACAGUAGUACCCAGGCUUUGUAGCCAACGGGAUCACCAGCCAUAAGAAGUGGAGAGCGACCAAAGUCCAUGAAUCUUUAUAUUCACAGGCAGUUCUGGAAGCUGAAUUAGCUUGAGGCGGAAGGAGAAAAAUAUACCAUCCAAAACAUCUUACCAUAUACUCUUUGCCAUUGAAAUUAUCACUUGUAUACGUAAUUCUUAUUUAGGAGUUUGAAUUGUUUAUGCAAACGUGUAUAUGAAAAAAAAUAGAAGGAUUAAGGACAAAACCAUUACUUAUUCCUUGCUUCAUAAAAAUGUGUUAACUUUGCUCCCAAGCUUAGAACCUCUCUAGUCUGUCCACCUCUUCUUAUAUUUCCAACAAAUUUACAUAACCACCACGUUAAAGUUAACUACUCUUUCCAUUUAAUCAUAAGAAUUCAUCAUAAUCCAACAUCAUGCCGAUCUUUGGGGGAUCUUCUGAUUCUGAAGACGAAAGAACGAUGCAUCAACAAACUAAGCUCUUCUAUCGCCAACGAUCAAUUCACUCUAUAUUCGGAGGAGGCAAAGUUGCGGAUAUUUUGUUAUGGAGAGAGCCAAAAAUUGCUGCAACAUUGGUGAUAGGAGUUAGUCUACUGUGGUUCUUAAUGGAAGUAGUGGAAUACAAUUUCAUAACCUUAGUUUGUCAUGCUUCCAUGACCUCUAUGCUUCUUUUCUUCAUUUGGUCCACUGCUUCUGAUUUUCUCAAUUGGGAAAGGCCAAUCAUACCAGAAGUGGUACUAGACGAAUCUUCUUUCAAGGAAUUAGCAACAAGCUUUCAUGAUAGAUUCAACCAAAUCCUCUCCAAGCUUCUUGACCUUGCUUGUGGAAGAGAUCCGCCACUCUUUUUUCUCACAACAAUUUCACUUUACAUCCUAUCAAUCAUCGGGACAUGUAUCAACUUUAUGAAUCUACUGUUCAUAGGGUUUGUAAGCAUGCAAACAUUGCCGGUUAUGUACGAGAUGUACGAGGAUGACGUGGAUAGAGUGGUUAGUAAGUUUAUGAGAAAGAUGAGAAAGCUGUACAGGAAAGUGGACUCGAAUGUUCUUAGCAAGAUCCCAAGAGGAACAGUCAGAAGCAAGAAACAUACUUAAUUCUUCAUUGGUUACUCACUGAUGUAAAAAUAAAAUUUAUAUGCAUAUAGAGCAAUGAUUUAUAUUAGGCUAAUUUAUAUAGUUACCGUAAAACAAGUUUAAUUCCUAUUUCAAAUAAAUGGAAGUCUUUUGGUUUUAGUUUACAAAAAAAAAAGUCUUUUGGUUU